AUGGAAGAUUUCAAUGAUAUGAUUUCAAAUGGUAAUCUUAUUGAUAUUGGUUUUACUGGCAACAAUUUUACUUGGCAUCGUGGUCAUUUGUGGCAAAGAUUGGACAGAGUGUUGUUUAAUGAUGAUUGGCUUAAUGUUUUUCAUUUGACUAAAGUUGAACAUCUUAGUCGUACUCUUUCUGACCAUUCCCCUAUUCUUAUUAAUAUUAAGAAUGAUUGUACUGCCCCUAUUUCUCACUUUAGGUUUCAGAACAUGUGGCUGCUGCACCCCACUUUUCUUGAUGUUGUGAAGGUUAAUUGGGAGGCCCCUGUUUUCCCUGAUGACACUAUUUCGGGUAUGCAUAGAUUGUGGCUUAAGCUCAAAAGGCUUAAAAUUGUGUUGAAGUGCUGGAAUCAUAAUGUCUUUAAAAAUUUGUUUGCCAACAUCUCUUCAGUUGAAUCUAAAGUUAAUUCUCUUGAUAGCUUGUUUCAAUCCGAUCCUACUGAGGUUAAUUUUGCUUUGCUUAAUGAGGCUAAGGUGGAUCUUUGUAUGUUUCAAGAUCAAGAGGAGUUUUGGAAACAGAAAGCGGCUGUUAAGCAUUUGGUUGAUGGGGAUAGAAACACUAAAUAUUUUCAUGCUUUGGUUAAGAAGAGGAGGUCUUCUAAUUUCAUUCAUAAAAUUGCUAAAGAGGAUGGGACUAUGUCUGAGGAUUAUGGGGAGAUUUUUUCCCUUGCUGUUAAUUUUUUUCAAAGUCAUCUUAACAAAACCUUUACUCCCAUUAGUUCUCCUAACCCUGCUUUUAUUCCUCAUUUGGUUUCUAGUGAGGACAAUGCUUUGUUAUCUAUUCCUCCUUCCUUUGAGGAGCUUAAAGUUGUCUUAUUUGGCAUAGAUUCUAAUUUUGUGGCGGGUCCCGAUGGUUACACCUCUAAUUUUUUUCGGAAAACUUGGCAUAUUAUUUCUGGGGAUUAG